GCUCCUUUCUCAAAACCACAGCGAUCUCAGUGGUGGAAAUGUUGGACACGGGGAGGGUCGACUUACAGAUGACAUUGACGCUAUGUAGAUGAGAACGGGGGAUUUGUGCUCCGUGUAACCACCCUGGCCGCUGAAGAUAGACGGUGUUACGAGGUGAAGCUGCUGCCUUUUUUUCGUGGUGUUGGUUCUCCGCUCUGCUCUCCUCUGCUUGGCUCUCUCCUUCGGCGUCACCAAGCUAACGGACAGCACCACUCACACCUUAUUCCUGCUUUCCUGCAAACUCACCUUUCCCAUCAGGAUCGUCGUUUAGUUCUGCUUAUCUAUCUCUAAAAAAUAUUUUGAUUUUGGUCUGCCCGGUUAGAAGCUUCACGAACACAACUUUUAGAAGAACGUACGGAAUACUAUACCAUGUCCCACAAUUCUGGUUGUCACAGCAGUUUGAUUGUUCGCUUUUAACUUCCUCCGUGUUCCCGCUCCUUCACAUCCAACGGUCCAUCGGUAAAGAACCGCGGAGCUGCUGUCUACGUGGAUCAGUGGGGUUAAAAUCUUCCAACCGCCUGCCAGCCUUGCCAGGAAAUCUAAAUCUAAUCAGAGAGACAUGGCGACUAAUGGAACUAAAGCCUCGGAUGGACACGUUUUAACGGAGGUGAAUGCGGAGCCUAAUGACAAACCCAAAACCUUGGUCGUUAAAGUCCAGAAAAAGGAACUUCCCGAAAGAGAAAACUGGAGUGGAAAAUUUGACUUUCUCCUGUCUUGCGUCGGGUACGCAAUUGGACUCGGAAAUGUCUGGAGAUUUCCUUAUCUAUGUGGGAAGAACGGAGGAGGGGCCUUCUUGAUUCCAUACUUUUUGACGCUCAUAUUUGCUGGCAUGCCCCUGUUUCUGCUCGAAACGUCCCUCGGUCAGUACACAUCGAUUGGAGGGCUUGGGGUGUGGAAACUGGCUCCCAUGUUUAAAGGUGUUGGCCUGGCCGCUGCAGUGCUUUCUUUCUGGCUAAAUAUUUAUUACAUUGUCAUCAUUUCCUGGGCCAUAUACUAUCUCUGGUCAUCCUUUACUUCUGAGCUGCCAUGGCAAUCGUGUGGAAAUUCUUGGAAUACAGAGCGUUGUUACACCAACUACAGCAUCCCGAACGCAGCCAACCUCACCAGCGCCGUUCAGGAAUUCUGGGAACGUAACAUGCACCAAUUGACGGACGGUCUGGAGAAGCCUGGGGAAAUCAGAGCGCCUCUCGCCAUCACGCUGGCCAUCGCCUGGGUCCUGGUUUAUUUCUGCAUCUGGAAAGGUGUGGCAUGGACCGGCAAGGUGGUGUACUUCUCAGCCACCUACCCCUACGUCAUGCUCUUCAUUCUCUUCUGCCGUGGCAUCACUCUCCCCGGAGCCAUCGAUGGAAUCCUCUUCUAUAUCACGCCCAACUUCGAAAAGCUCAAGGAAUCAGAGGUGUGGUUGGAUGCUGCCACUCAGAUCUUCUUCUCCUAUGGGCUGGGGCUGGGAUCACUGAUUGCUCUGGGAAGCUACAACCCAUUCAAUAAUAAUGUUUACAGAGAUUCUAUCAUUGUGUGCUGUAUCAACUCGUUCACCAGCAUGUUCGCUGGCUUAGUCAUCUUCUCCAUUGUGGGCUUCAUGGCCAACGUGACUAAGAGACCUAUAAUAGAAGUAGCAGCCUCAGGUCCUGGCUUGGCGUUCUUGGCCUAUCCCGAGGCAGUAACCCAGCUGCCUAUCUCUCCUCUCUGGGCGAUCCUCUUCUUCUCCAUGCUGCUCAUGCUGGGAAUCGACAGUCAGUUCUGCACGGUGGAGGGCUUCAUCACUGCGUUGGUGGAUGAGUUCCCCAGGGCUCUGAGAGGAAGAAGAGAACUCUUCAUCGCUGCCGUCUGCCUGGUCUCUUAUAUCAUCGGCCUGUCCAACAUCACACAGGGUGGGCUGUAUGUGUUCAAGCUGUUUGACUACUACUCUGCCAGCGGCAUGUGCCUUCUCUUCCUGGUCUUCUUCGAGUGUGUCUCCAUAUCCUGGUUCUACGGUGCUGAUAAGUUCCUUGCCAACAUCGAGGAGAUGAUCGGCUUUAGGCCCUGCCUGUGGUGGAAGCUGUGCUGGGUGGUGUUCACUCCUCUCAUCGUGGCUGGCGUGUUCCUGUUUAGUGCUGUCCAGAUGGUUCCUCUCACUAUGAACAACUACGUGUUCCCAGCCUGGGGCCAGGGAGUGGGCUGGUGCAUGGCCCUAUCCUCUAUGCUCCUGAUACCUGGAUACAUGGUCUACAUGUUCCUCAACCUCAAGGGGGAUUACAAAGAGCGUCUGCGGAUAAUGAUCCAACCCCCGAUAAUGGUGAAAGGAGAGCGUCAGGAGAACGGCCCUGAGCAGACACCGGCAGCAGCCACGGAAGAGGCUUACAUCUAAACCCUGUUCUAUUCAGCCUGUCUCCGAGGACAACUCUUUGCAGAAAACAACGUAAUCAAGGAACAGCCGUGAAAAGCGACCAAAUGAUCUACUGAAACUACCGUGAUGAGAGUUGUGAAAGAAGACUUCCCUUCCUUCCACCAGUCAGUCAGUUAGUCAGUCAUUCUAGUCGAAGCCAGAGCCAUGUAUUUAGAGAGAUGAGGUUUCUGCAAUAUGAAGCAUUAACUUGACCCUACAACAUUCUAUAACAGCCAUGUUAGAACCCCAUUAACAUGACACUACAACAUUCUUUAACAGCCAUGUUAGAACCCCAUUAACAUGACACUACAACAUUCUUUAACAGCCAUGUUAGAACCCCAUUAACAUGACACUACAACAUUCUAUAACAGCCAUGUUAGAACCCCAUUAACAUGACCCUACAACAUUCUUUAACAGCCAUGUUAGAACCCCAUUAACAUGACACUACAACAUUCUUUAACAGCCAUGUUAGAACCCCAUUAACAUGACACUACAACAUUCUUUAACAGCCAUGUUAGAACCCCAUUAACAUGACACUACAACAUUCUAUAACAGCCAUGUUAGAACCCCAUUAACAUGACACUACAACAUUCUAUAACAGCCAUGUUAGAACCCCAUUAACAUGACACUACAACAUUCUUUAACAGCCAUGUUAGAACCCCAUUAACAUGACACUACAACAUUCUAUAACAGCCAUGUUAGAACCCCAUUAACAUGACACUACAACAUUCUAUAACAGCCAUGUUAGAACCCCAUUAACAUGACACUACAACAUCAUAUAACAGCCAUGUUAGAACCCCAUUAACAUGACACUACAACAUUCUAUAACAGCCAUGUUAGAACCCCAUUAACAUGACACUACAACAUUCUAUAACAGCCAUGUUAGAACCCCAUUAACAUGACACUACAACAUUCUAUAACAGCCAUGUUAGAACCCCAUUAACAUGACACUACAACAUUCUAUAACAGCCAUGUUAGAACCCCAUUAACAUGACACUACAACAUUCUAUAACAGCCAUGUUAGAACCCUAUUAACAUGACACUACAACAUUCUAUAACAGCCAUAUUAGAACCCCAUUAACAUGACACUACAAUAUUCUAUAACAGCCAUGUUAGAACCUCAUUAACAUGACAUUACAACAUUUUAUAACAGCCAUGUUAGAACCCCAUUAACAUGACACUACAACAUUCUAUAACAGCCAUGUUAGAACCUCAUUAACAUGACACUACAACAUUCUAUAACAGCCAUGUUAGAACCCCAUUAACAUGACACUACAACAUUCUAUAACAGCCAUGUUAGAACCCCAUUAACAUGACACUACAAUAUUCUAUAACAGCCAUGUUAACUCUCCUUUAACAUUACAUGGGUAAUAUUUAAAUAAUGCUAUCUAAAAUUAAUGUGUAGAAUUAGAACAAUUAUUUUAAAUUCUUACUGUUUAAAUAUAUGGCUCUGUUAAUAGCCAUAGUCUGUUGUAAUGACUGUACAAGGUUUCAACGUCAUGAGAGAGAAACCUUAUAGAUGGACUACAGCCUAACCUGACCAGAAACCAACAGCAGGCCAAUAUUAUUACUGAAAAUAUACCUUGUUUUUCUUUCAUUGAAAGACGAAAUAUAUGAAUUAUCAAGUUGUUUGGCAAUAUAUAUAUAUAUAGAAAUAGAUGAAUAUAUACAGUAUACGUAUACAUAUAUUUAGUUUGAUUAUAUAUUAAUUCCACAAAAUGAUCAAAGUUGUAUUUCUAUAAGGAUACAACUUGUUUGUUUCCAUGGCAGCUACAAAUGACAAGGAUCUGGUCAUUUUAGUCUCCGCAAAGAUUAUAUAACUAAAAUGUGGAAUGAAUAAGGGUUCCAUUCAUUUUUGUAUAAAGUUACCAUACUGCAGUUUUCUGUCUUAAAUGAUGUUGUACAACUCCACCGUGUUAUAGGUGUAACUGUGGCCUCUGUGACUUGUCCGUAUGACCUGAUCUGUACGUCUACGUGUUUUCUGCAAUAAUAUGAUAAUCUCAGAAACUAAAGCACAUACGGUGUAUUUCUGAUAUGUAAAAUAAUAAAUUGCAAUAAUGAUAAUAGUAUAAUUUAAUGAAAUAAUAUAUACACUUGUCUAGUCAAAAUAAUCUUGUUUUAUAUAUUUCUAGCAGUUCUAAUGUAAAAUAUUAUAUGUAAAAAAAAAUCCAUAAUAAAUGUCUUUAGAUGGUGUUAUAUGAAAAAAAAGCAUGAUUGCUGUAUAUGUUUUCUGCAGAAGUAAAUAAAAUAAAUAAAGAACUGUAGAUUAUAA